UACUCCGUAUAUGGUUGGCCAGUGUACAUACCCCCCAGUCCCGAGUCGCUUUCUCGUUCAAAUUUAUAAUAUCCAGGCUCCCCCUGUUCAAAGCUCGCCGGCAGCCUUGGCCCUUAGCGUUCUUGCAGAUCUGCGCGUGCCUUCGAUGGACCAGCCGCCGGAUGCCGCACAUGAUCCACCCCAAGCUCGGCUCUCUUCCUCCAUGGACCAGCCGCCGGAAGCCGCCCAUCAGCCACCCCAAUCUCUCACCGAGCUCCUUCUCAGCUUCUCCGUGGUCCCAAGCAUAGAUCCAAUCCCUGUUCGCGCCAUGAAGAUCAGGAAGAGGACAGUCAAAGCCGACCUUGGAGAGGAAGAAUGGGGAAUGGGCGAAGGACGGGAGGACGAAAUGGGGUGUUCAGAUCCAGGACAGGAGGUAGUUUCAACAAGGGAGGACGAGAGAAGUUUCUACGUCUACUCUGAAGAAACCCGAUGCGCAUCAGAGGCCGAAACAGUUGUACAAAUUAUUCGUGAAGAAAUGUCACCGCCGCCGGAUUGUCAAUUGCCUGCAGUUCCAGAAGCAACCACAGAAGUAGCGAAGGAACAACCUGCUGAUGAACAAGUCCCGUGGAAAACAAGGUUCAGGCAUGGACAAAUACCAGACCAUCGAGAGCCAAAACAUGGGAGAGUUUCUGCACUUGAGAAAGCGAUGCGCACCUACGCUGACUGCAAGUCCGGACAUGUGGUAGCCCCUGAGAUAGGAAGAGAGUUUGACUCACUCGCUGAGGCAUUUGAUUUUUACAACCUGUAUUCCUGGGAGAUUGGUUUUGGUAUACGUUAUGGUCAAUGCAGGAGAAAUGCACAGAAGAGCAGGACCGUCCAAGACUUUGUGUGCGGUUGUGCGGGAAAGCCAAGAAAAGAAAACACAAGUUCCUUGGCAUCCAAUUGCCAAGCAUUGAUAAUGCUAUUCCUCACCCGAGACAAUGGAUGGUAUAUACAUCAAUUUAGACCAGAUCACAACCACCAUUUAUCAUCAUCGUGUGGUGAGAAGGUACAUUGGCCGUCACACAGGGCAAUCGACACACACACAAAAGACAUUGUGAAGCACCUGAGGAGUAACAACAUUGGUAUAACUAAGGUCUUUUCAGUCAUCGGAAGUUUUUUCGGAUCAAUGGAGAACGUACCAUUCAACAAGAGAUCUUUGAACUACUUGUGCAAGAGGAUGAACCAGGAGACUGCAGAAGAUGACAUCAGGAAAACAGUGGAGCUCCUAUCUGAACUUAAGAAAAAAGAUCCAAUGUUUGCAAACAACGUUCUAGUCGACAGUGACAACAAGAUUCAGGCACUUAUGUGGACCAAUGGAAGGAGCAGAUACCAAUAUUCGACCUUUGGAGAUGCGAUCACCUUUGACACAACAUAUCGUACAAAUCAGUACGAUAUGCCAUUCGGUCUGUUUGUGGGUGUGAACCACCAUUUCCAAAGCAUUAUACUAGGUGGUGUUCUGAUGAGGAACGAGAAGGAGAAAACUUUCGACUGGGUGUUCAAAGAGUUUGUGUCAUUGAUGGGAGGCAAAGCACCUCUUACUAUACUAACAGACCAAUGUCAUUCAAUGGAAUUGGCUAUCGCUAAUGUGUUGCCCGGAACAAAACACCGGUGGUGCAAAUGGCACGUCCUGCGUCGCACGAAGGAGACACUUGGACCAGCAUACACAAUGAACAAAGAACUGAGGGAUGAAUUACACAAGAUUUUGGAAUAUAUGCCAACUGUCGAAGAGUUCGAAGCAGCCUGGCAAACGUUAGUGCAGAAGUACAAUCUUCAGGAACACCCAAUGAUGACCCAGUUAUACGAACUCAGAAAAAAAUGGGCAAAACCAUAUUUUGCAGGUGUGUUCUGCGCAAGGAUGACGAGCACGCAAAGGUCAGAGAGCGCCAACCAUAUGCUGAAGAAUUUUGUACCUCCUGGAGCCUCAAUGCACAUGUUCAUCAAACAUUACCAGAAACUCCAGUUUGACCGUGAUGCGGAAGAGAAUUUUGCUGAGAAGAAGAGCCGCUUGGUCAGUAUUUAUCUGAAUUUUACAGAACAUCCUAACAACAGUUUGGCAUUUACUUGAACAGGUCAGCCCAGUGCUAAAAUCAGGAUUGCCUUCGGAAAGACAUGCUGGGAAGGUUUAUAUACCGGCGUUGUUCAAGCUCUUCCAAGAAGCAUGCUUUAAAUCUGCAUCCUACUACGUCGAGAACAUAUUGGCUGUGAACGAUACAUAUUGUGUGACACACCUUUAUGCUGACCAGAGAGAAGCUUGGUCCAAGACCUCCUACAAUGUGAAAGUGCAACAACCUGACAACUAUCUACAAUGCGAGUGUGGCAUGUACGAACACAUGGGUUUGCUCUGCUGCCAUGCGAUCAGGGUCAUGGCACACCUGAGAUUCACGAAGAUACCAGAGAGGCACAUCAUGAGGAGGUGGACUAAAGAAGCAUGCGAAGAUCUGCGAGAGUACUUGAAAAUAUACAAAGGACGCAACCCCAUUCUUGGGUCAACCACAUUCAGGCACACAACUCUUUAUACAACAGCACUAGACAUUGUGCGAAUGGGUGACAGCAACCCAGAGGCUUUUGAGUUUGCAAUGUCAAAAUUAUCUGAUGCAAUGGUUGGUUUAAAAGAGAAAGCAAAUGGGUCAGACGGCAAAUGUUUGGAGGACAUCCUAGACAAAGAAAAAAUUGAUAUGCAGCAGAAUAUCAACGGAAAAACUGUGCUGAAAAAUUCCAUGAUAGUAGAGUCUCGCAAGAGAGAUCGUGGCAGACCGACGAAUGCAAGAUGUAGACCUGGAUAUGAAGUAAGUCAACCAAGAACUAAGUUCUGCAAAAAUUGUCGUGGAAAGGGGCACAACUCCGCAAAAUGUCCAGCAAACGGGGGGGGCAAACAAGAAGCAGAGGAAGGAACCCAGGUGUGAUAAGUGCGGCUUGACAGGACACAUCAGGACUCAAUGCGGCCGUGGAUGGGAAUCAUUCUUUCGAUGACGAGGUGUGUAUCAUUUUUAAAAAGAAUGCAGAGACAUUAUCUCAAUGUCAUGAUAAUGCUGUUAACGAUUGGGGGUAUCAAACUUUUUGUGCAAACUAUUAUGUAGUUCUCAGUUGAUAAGUGUAUGCAUGCUUACGAAGGCAGCCUAAUAUGUUGGUACCUUAUAUUGCGAA